UGCGUAGUCUCUAGGCUCCACCUCUUUCCCCUCCCGCCAGGAUCUUUCUCACGGCCAACAUGGCCGCCCCCUGUGUGUCCUGCGGCCGAGUGCUUUCCCUUCGGCUCGCUCCCGCUGUUAGGGCUAGCCUCUGCCAGAGGCCCCGGAACUGGACAACCUCGGCGGUUGGCUGGCAGACGGGACUCGGGUUCCAGCUAUCAAAGCUAAUACAUACCACAGUUGUAACAACAAGGAAAAAUGCCCAAGCCUCAAGACAGGAAUCAUAUACAGAAGAUUUUAUUAAAAAGCAGAUUGAAGAGUUCAACAUAGGGAAGAGGCACUUAGCCAACAUGAUGGGAGAAGACCCAGAGACUUUUACUGAAGAGCAUGUUGAUAGAGCUAUUGCUUACCUUUUUCCAAGUGGUUUGUUUGAGAAGCGAGCCAGGCCAAUGAUGAAGCAUCCUGAACAUAUUUUUCCAAAACAAAGAGCAAUCCAGUGGGGAGAAGAUGGCCGUCCAUUUCAUUUUCUCUUCUAUACUGGCAAACAAUCAUACUAUUCAUUAAUGCAUGACGUGUAUGGAAAGGUCAUGCAGCUGGAAAAGGACCGAGGUCCUCUGGCAGCAACCACCGAGUCCAGAGACCUGAUUGGCAGCAGAUGGCUGAUUAAGGAGGAACUAGAAGAAAUGUUAGUGGAAAAACUGUCAGAUGAAGAUUACGCACAGUUCAUCCGACUGCUGGAAAAGCUAUUGACACUGCCAUGCGGUCCUGCCGAAGAAGAAUUUGUGCAGAGGUUCCGUAGAAGUGUAACUGUUCAAUCAAAAAAGCAACUGAUUGAACCCGUGCAGUAUGACGAGCAGGGCCUGGCCUUCAGCACCAGCGAAGGCCGGAGGAAGAGCGCCACAGCACAGGCGGUCGUUUAUGAGCACGGAAGUGGGAAGAUCCAUGUGAACGGAGUUGAUUAUCUACUUUACUUUCCCAUCACACAGGACAGAGAACAGUUGAUGUUCCCUUUCCACUUCCUGGACCGGCUGGAAAGACAUGAUGUGACCUGCACAGUCUCCGGGGGAGGGAGGUCAGCACAGGCAGGAGCCAUACGCUUGGCAAUGGCCAGAGCCUUGUGCAGCUUCGUCACUGAGGACGAGGUGGAGUGGAUGAGACAAGCCGGACUACUUACCCCUGAUCCGCGGAUCAGAGAACGGAAGAAGCCAGGCCAGGAGGGCGCCCGAAGAAAGUUCACCUGGAAGAAGCGCUGAGACGUUUCCCGGGAGAGCGAGGAGCACCAUGUCUUUGUGCCUGGCUCAUGGUAGAGCACAAUCAUACACUGACAAGGGAGGCGGCAUUUACACAUUGGCUGGAGUUUAAGUUAUGACAUGAUUUAUUUUUUAGUGCUAUUUUGUUAUGAUUGCCAUUGAAAAUAAUAAAAAGAAUGUUGGUUUC